AUGAAAGUCGGUGUCCGCGGAUCAGCUUUCUCUCAAGUGAUCACGUACGCAUUCCAAUUUGCCUCUCUUUUGGCAUACGUCAUCGUUAAAGAGAAGAAGGACAAUAACUGGGCAGGCUUCUCUUCAAAGCUAUGGUUGGACUGGGGUACAUGGUUCAAAUUGGGGUUACCGGGGCUGGUCAUGGUGGAAAUGGAGUGGACAAUUUUCGAACUUGGAACUGUUAUUGCAGUUUCUGCAAAUGAAUUUACACCAGAUGCACACGUAUAUCGAUUUCAUUACAUACUCAAUAUUUGGAUAGAUUCGGCCAUGUGCGUCGACAUUCAGGUACCGCUAGGUUUUGGAAUUGCCACAAAUAUUCGUGUUGGCCAAUUUCUCGGUGCUGGAUCUUCCGUUGGUCCAAAAUCGGUCCUAUCCGUCGCAUUAGUAACGGUUUGGCUCCUGACCUCAACGUUGGCGAUGGGUGUUUUCUUACUGAGAUGGCAACUACCGAAAGCAUUCACCUCAGACAGUGACGUUAUCGAACUGACCGCCCAUUUGUUUCCCAUAAUCGCCGUCUUCCAAAUUUUUGACGGAACAUCGUGUGUAUGCAUGGGAGCGAUUCGUGGAGCAGGUUUACAAUUUAUCGGUGCGAUCACGUGCGUUUGCAGCCAAUAUCUGCUGGGAGUACCUAUUGCGUUGAUGCUCAUAUUUCUAGCUGGAUACGGAAUAAAAGGAUUUUGGAUUGGUGUAGCCGUGGGAUUUGUGUCCCAAGCUAUCAUUUACGGUGUUGUCUGCUGCUGCAUCAAUUGGAAGAAACAAGUAGAGCUGGCACGUGAAAGAACGAAAGACGUUCGCGUGGCAGUUCCGGGUGGAAAUGCACUAGACGGCAACGGUUCUGCUAACUCCACGAUGGCCCACUAUAAUAUGAGUGAGUUGUUGCUUCUUUAG